AUGGAGGAAGGAGUGUAUCUGUUCGAACCGGGAGUCCAUAAUGGCACAGAAGCACUUCAUACAAGUCAAUCAGACGUUCCAGCAUCUUGCGAUGCUGUUGACGAAGACUUUCUCUACGAGCGUUUCUACAUGGCGGUAAUCGCCGGCGGGUCGGUGGCUACCGUAUCGAUAGUGACAAAUACGUUUCUGUUCUUCUUAUUCGUCACGAAUCGACAGCAUCGAAACUCCUAUAACCUCUACAUGCUGCUGCUCGCCUUUUUCGACGUUUUUCUCUCGAUCUCCUACUGUGCACUAAUGGCGGUGAGGGUGCUGACGAAUUGGACGGGCAGCUACGCGCUCCGGAAAAUGUGGAUGAGCUACAUGAUCCCGAUGCUGACAAUCUCGCAUAUCGCCCAAACCGCUAGCGUCUAUUUGAUCGUUUUUGCGGCAGUGGAACGAUUCUGCAUAACGCUCAACACACGAGCCGUUCAACUAUUACAAAGAAAUCGCUGUCUACUGGCUACGGUAGCCGUGAUGUGCGGCGUUUUUCCGAAGAGUACGAUACCUCUCGAGAUUCAGAUCACCUACAACGAGACGUGCUUCGGCCAUUUCAACGAGUUCGGGCUGAUGCCGGGCAAAAUUGUCCAUGCCCAUUUGUAUGAGUACUGGCGCCUCUGGUUCCGGAACAUCUUCACCAUCGUCUUUCCGUUCCUCGUGCUCUUCAUGCUCAAUCUGCUGCUCUGCGGGGUGGAGGUGCGGCUCAGGCAGGCAGUCGCCACCGGAGCGAACGGAGCUGUGAUGGGGGAUAAGCAGAAUGCUCGAAUUCGCGCCGCGACGCGUACGCUGUCAAUCAUCGUACUGACGCAUCUGAUGAGCAACCUGCUGAGCAUGGUGAUUACGGUAUGGGAGAUGUUCGACCCGGCAUCACUGUGGACACCUACCUUCAUGCCCUUCUACAUCCUCUCCGUCGACGCCAUCUCCAUACUGCCGAUCGUGGCCUGCUCGUUGCGGCUGCCGAUUUACGCCUCUUGCCAGCCGCUGCUGAGGGCUGAAAUGAUACAAUUUAUUGCCCAAUCCUGCGUCAAGAAGAAAAUGUCCCGCCGCGCCACCAUUAUCGAAACGCAGCAUAUGGGCCAAGGACUGUUGGCAGGCAGGGAGCCGGCCGGCGACCAAGUU